UCUAUCGGUAUCUUCUUCCUGCUGCAGCCAGCCCAGGGUGCAGGCCAUGGAGCCUACUGGAGGGUGAGGGCUGCCGGGUGGGCAGGAAUGUUUGGAGGCCUGGGGCCUGGAGACACGGGGGCCCAGGGCAUGGCAGGACCCCUGCGGGGCCGGGUGGAGGAACUGAAGCGGCCAUGGUGGCGGGAGGCCUCACCACUGGUGCUGCAGCACAGUGAGGCUGCCCGGCUGGCGGCCGACGCCCUCCUGGAGCGGGGCGAGGCUGCCUACCUGCGGGUCAUCUCUGAGGAGCGAGAGCUGCCCUUCCUGAGUGCUCUGGACGUGGACUACAUGACCAGCCAUGUGCAUGGGGGCCCUGAGCUCAGUGAGGCGCAAGGACUGGAGGCCUCAGGGCCUGACCGCCUCAGCCUGCUCUCUGAAAUCACCUCAGGCACUUACUUCCCAAUGGCCUCCGAUGUAGACCCCCCAGACCUGGACUUGGGCUGGCCUGAGGUUCCACAGGCCACAGGCUUCAGCCCCACCCAGGCAGUGGUCCACUUCCAGCGGGACAAGGCCAAGAACAUCAAGGACCUUCUGCGUUUUCUCUUCAGCCAGGCCCGCACGGUGGUAGCUGUCGUGAUGGAUGUAUUCACUGACAUGGAGCUUCUAUGUGACCUCAUGGAGGCCUCGAGCCGGCGUGGUGUCCCCGUUUACCUGCUUUUGGCUCAGGAGCACCUAAGGCACUUCCUGGAGAUGUGCUACAAGAUGGACCUCAAUGGGGGGCACCUGCCGAACAUGCGUGUACGGAGCACAUAUGGGGACACGUACUGCAGCAAGGCUGGCCGCCGCUUCACGGGCCAGGCCCUGGAGAAGUUUGUGAUCAUCGACUGUGAGCAGGUGGUGGCAGGCAGCUACAGCUUCACCUGGCUUUGCAGCCAGGCCCACACUAGCAUGGUGCUGCAGCUGAGGGGCCGCAUUGUGGAAGACUUUGACCGGGAGUUCCGCUGUCUGUAUGCCGAGUCUCGGCCUGUGGAGGGCUUCUGCGGUGGUGAGGAUCCCAUACCUCCCAGGGCACUGUGUCCUCCCACGGUGGCCCUGGGCUUCCGGCCCGGUGUGUCGAGCCCAGCAUCCUCCUCACCCUCCAGCACCAGCCUUAGCAGCAUCAAACGCUCACCUCUAGUGGGCCACUCCUCUUACCUCAGUCCACCAGGAGGCGGUGGCUGCAGUGACAUGGGCAUAGGGUCCUCAUCCUUGGGCCCUGCCCGCCGCGAGGCCAGUGGCCAGCCCUCUCUGCAACGCCAGCUGUCAGACCCUAACCAUGGCUCCCUGACAGGGCCCUACAGGUCCAAUCUAGGCAAGCUGGGGGUGUCCCCAUGGUCCCAGUCCUCCCCUGCCCUCAACCACAAUGGUGCCAGCCCCCUGACCCUGGCAGUGGGGUCACCUCUGCUUGUUCGCCAACGCCCCCUCCUCCCCUUCCCCCAGGGUGUUGCAGCCCUGUCCCGGCUCCCAGAGAAUGGGCUCCUGGGAAGCCAGGAGUCUAGUCCCCAACGAAGUCGCUGGGUACCUAGCACAGCCCUGGAGACAGUGGAGGAGAAGAAGGUGUCUCUGAAUCAGAGCCAUGGCCAGUUGGAUCUCCUUGUCCCCUUCCCCAGAGCCAGAGAAGCUGGAGGCCCUGAUUCUGGGGUUAAUCCCAACUCAGGCUCCCUCUGGCCUGGAGACCAGGCUUCAGAGGACAGGAGGUUGUCCCCAAAUGAGAGAUACAACCAGCUGGAUCUCCUGCCCCAGACCCAGGGUGCUGGGGGUACCCCUGAGUCAGGCUCCCCCAGACAUGGCAAUCAAAUCCCAGAGUACAAGAGGCUGUCCUCAAACCACAGCCAGUUGGACCUCUUGGUACAGUACACCAAGGCUAGGGGCUCCAGAGUGCUCCCUGAAGCCAACUCCUCAGCCAGGGCUGGCAAGCAGGGUCCUGAUGAGCGACGACAGACCCUGGGCCACAGCCAGCUGGACCUCAUCACAAAGUUUGGACCAUUCCGGGGUGAGGGGCCUGGGCCCAAUGGUCUCCCCAGACCAAGCUCUGCUCGAAAGGCUGGAGUGGGCUCUGGGGAUGAGAAGAGGCUGACCCUGGGACACAGCAAGCUGGACCUCAUUACCAAGUAUCAUCGAUUGCAGGGUGCCAGGCAAGGACCUGAGCCUGGCCUCCCUGGGGUCCUGACAGGUGGUCAUCACAAUGGCAGUAGCAAUGGUCUGUCAGGGGAUGAGAAGCGGCUGACCUUGGGCCACAGCAAACUGGACCUCAUCACUAAGUACAACAAGUCCAAGUUCAAACUGCUCCGAAGCCGCUUUGAGUCCUAGUCCUGAUCCCAGCAAGGGCAUGUCCCUCCUCCAUCUACUUAUAUUCUACAUUUACUCAGGUUGCAGACUCUAUGGUUCUCCAGCAGGGGCUGCAUGGGGAGCAGAGGGUGUCUAGAAGCUCAGGUUAGACACUCACUGAGUUCAGAAUUCUUGUUUACACACACACACACAUGAAAAUAGAACCCACAGUACCUGACAUUUGCCACUGUGCUGGGUGCCUUACACAGGUUAAUUCUCAUCCUUCAUCCUUACAACAUCCUACAAGAUAGACCUCUAGUAGAUAUAUAUUUCUAGGGUCAUGGGUACUAUCUUUCCUGUUUUAUAAAUGUGGAAGCUGGGGUCCAGAGAGUUUGAUAACUUGCUUGGAAUCUGAUACAAGUGGAAUCAGUGGCAGAGCUGGGGCCCAAACCCGUGUCCCUAAUGCUUAAGAUUGUAUUUUUGCACAGACAUAACACACCAUUGUCAACAGUUCACAUGUCGCAAUGCACACAAAAUACACACAUCACAGAGAUGCCCCAAAUGCCUGUACAACAUACACAGCGCACUGACAGGGUUCAUACCCACAAACUGCAUACCCAUAGACACACAGUAAGUAAAAACAAAGGUUUGUGAUAAACCCAAACACUCAGAAUUCUAGUUAUAGGUACUCAAUGAAUAUAAUAUGGCUAAAUGAGUGGCUACACAAAAUAUAUGCAUUCAGUGCAUACUAUAGACCCCUCAGGAUCCACAGAAAUAAAUACGCACAUAACCACAUACAUACAUCAUACACACACACACAUAGGUAUGCACACACCAAUCGGUAUCUCCAUUGGCCUAAGCUGAGUAUCUACCACAGGGCUGACAAGUGAAUCAGACUCAGUGCCUGGGAGAUAAGGAUUAAAUACAUAAACCAGGGGCGCCUGG